GGUCGAUUCCGUAGAGUAGAGUUUAUGGCAACAUAUGUAACAGGCUCAGUGCAGGGACUGGUUGAAUAAGCCCCCUGCGGUGAGAUGGACAGAGGCCGCGGAGGGAGACAGAGAAGUGGAAGAAGACGUCGUGGUGGAGAGAUCACACCUGUCUUUCCCCAGCAGGACAGAGAUGUCCACCUGUCUAAAUCCAUGUCUUAUGCUCUUUGCCAUGGAGCCAACAAAAUGGGUCUUCAAAUGGGCACAGAUGGAUUCGUGCUUGUGGAGGAUCUCCUGGCUCACCCACAGUUCCACUCAUACUCACUGGAAGAUGUUCAGAGAGUUGUGACCACAAAUGACAAACAGCGCUUUAAGCUCUGCCCUCACCCAGAGGACGGACGCCUGCAGAUUAGAGCCAAUCAGGGACAUUCAGUGCAGGUAACAGAUUUGGAGCUGAAACCGGUACUGGCUGCUUCUCCAGACUGUCCUGCUGAGGCCGUUCAUGGGUCCUACCUACGCAACUGGAGCUCCAUCCAGCAGAAUGGCCUGAGCCGCAUGAAGAGGACACACAUCCACCUGGCGUCAGGCCUGCCAGAGGAGGGUGGUGUCAUCAGUGGAAUGAGGACAGAUUGUGAUCUUGCUGUGUUUAUUGAUGUCCCUAAAGCUCUCACUGAUGGAAUUAAGUUCUUCUGGUCGGAAAACGGGGUCUUGCUCACAACAGGAGACUCAGACGGAAACCUUCAGCCUAAAUAUUUCAGCCGAGCACUAAGACUAAGACCUACAAGGAGCAUUCUACCUCUUCAGCAGCAAUAAUGGAUGCUGAUUUGGGACUGGUCAUAGAAUGCCAGCAUCCCUUGGUUGGAUGAUGCGUAACCUCGUUCCCUUGGUAACAGCUGUAUUCAUUCAGUUUAAAAUCCUCCUAAUGGGAUAAAUGUCAAUGGUAUUACUGACACACUAUUCACUUUUAAAUGACAACUAAAGCAUCUUAUGCUGAUUGUAUUGCCAUGUUUUAUUUAUAUCUGCAGAGGUUUGUGUUCUUUAUUUUUGUUAGUGCUAAAUAUACAAUGGUACAAGCUGCAAGGAUAAUUUAACCUAAAAUUAGUAAAAUACAUAACUUGAAUAUGUGUAUGCAGCAACGCUGACUCCUGACUGACGUCUAUUCAGACCUUUAUACAGGGUGACACAGAAAAACUGGAACUUUUUAUACAGUAUAUUGUAUAUAGUUCAAAGUUCCCUGUUUUUCUGUGUCACCCUGUAUAAAUGAUAAAUAAGAAAGCGGAGGAUGCAGACACUGUUGUUUUACUUUGGGGCCUGUCCUGCUGUGAGAUAUGGACGCACACUGAGACACAUUGUGAGGGGAGAUAAUUGGUUUGAAGCUUCCUGUGUAAGAAACAACAGAAACCGCCACCAUAUGUCGGCACCAUAAGGAGUGAAAACAACUCAGUGUGAAAUGUGAAUUGCUGUUUGUAAAUUAAAAAGUGUUUUUAUUCAUG